UGCGACCGGCUGCCAAUUGCCAUCCACCGACGUCAAGCAUUAACCGCUUCACCUCUGAAGCUCCCACACCGUUGCAAAUCUAGUACGAUUUAAAGGGACCCACACACGGAAGCGACACAACCGAUGAGUCCAUGAUAACUUUGUGAUAACGUUAAUUUUAAGUACCUAGUGCGUUUAGUGCGUGUGAGACUGAUAAUAGUAAUUGAAACGAGAGCUACUGGACUGAAUGAACAUGGACUUGUACUGUUGCGAAAUAGCCGAAAACGAGAAUAAGGCUUACGAUGAUCCCACUCUGCUCCAGGAUAGAGUUCUUAAGAAUCUUCUUAAAACCGAAGAUAGGUACGUGCUGCCCUAUCCGGCUUCGUUAAGUGUACAAAAGGAAGUCACUGCGGAGAUGAGAAAAAUUGUAGCUGAGUGGAUGAUGGAGGUUUGUGAGGAACAGAAGUGCCAGGCAGAAGUUUUUUCUUUAGCAAUGAACUAUAUGGACAGAUUUUUAAUGUGUUGUUCGAUACUGAAAACGCAAUUACAGUUGUUAGGCACAGCGUGUAUGUUGUUAGCAUCAAAAUUAAGAGAAUCUAGGCCGUUGUCUGGAGAAAUUUUAGUGUAUUACACUGAUCAUAGUGUUACGAAACAGCAGCUUUGGAGCUGGGAACUUCUAGUCUUAAGUAAACUGAAAUGGGACGUGGCAGCGGUGACACCCCACGACUUCCUCAAGCACCUCCUCAACAGGCUACCCAAAGAGGACAGUUGGAACAUCAGCUACGAGAUUGUCCUCAGUCACGCUAAAACCCUCAUAACUCUUUGCGCCAGAGAAUUCGUGUUCUCUCGGUACCACCCAAGUAUUAUCGCCUGUGCGUGCUUAACAUCCUCGUUGUGUGGUGUUGGAUGGGUCUGCAAGACUGGCGGGACGGUGGAGGACCUGUUGCACAGAUUGACAGAAAUAACGAAUAUAGAAAAGGACUAUGUUGAACAAUGCUUGGUCCACAUAGAAAAAAUGAUCAGGGACUCGACCGGCUCUGAUCAAGAGGCCAACAGUAGCACCGCCAGCCAAUGCGAAAGCACCGUCAGGCCGGGAGAAUUCACGCCCCCACCCCAAGAGAAGGGGCAAGAACAUGAGGCGGCACUCACCCCUAUCGAUGUGCACGAUGUUCAUUUUUGACAGACAGUGAAAAACGCCAGUGAUACGUAGAGCUUCCAAAAACUUUUUAAUAAAUUGAGAGUGUACCUUAGAAAACUUAAUAAUUUUUUAUAUAAUUUAUCUGUGCUUUAUGAGAAUGCAGAACAAAAUGGAUCGGAGAAAAUGAAGAAGAAUAAAUGAAUGCAGCGACAUGAAACUUCGGGGGAAGGCAAUAAAUUACGCUUCAAGUGAGAAACAAUAGUGUUUGAAAUUUUAUUGACGGGACACCCUUUAUUCAGCGUACAAACAUUUUUCACCAAUAUUUUCAACAACUUUCAUGUUUCACUGCAGGUAGUAGUGUAGUAGUGCUAUACAUCAGAGUUUGUCGGAAAUUCACUAAAGGAAACAAUUUUCAAUUUUCAAAUACUUACUGUAUACAGGGUGUUGCGAAAUUCGAC